CAGUUUCGCGGGAGAACCUGCCGGAAGAGCGUGCGCCACCCCAUGGCGCCGGUGACAGCCUUGGUCACGGAGCUCUACAUGAGCGCGUGCAAGUGGUACGACCGUAUCAUCAACUUCAACACCACCUACGCAGGUAAAAUUACGACGCCUUGUCACGGAUGCAGCAAGCGACCUGAUCGGCGACUCAUAUGGUUCCCCAGAAUGGGGAGCGGCUCAGGGGCAAUUCAGCCAUCCACAGGGACCCUGUACGAGCCGGACGUGCCAUUUGAGAAGGCCACUUUCGGCAUGGGCUGCUUCUGGAAAUCCGAAUCCUUGUACGGUUGCGUCAAGGGAGUGUUGCGGACCACCGCUGCCUACGCCGGAGGCACCAAGAAGGACCCCACGUAUCGCUCACUGUCUGACUACACCGAGGUGGUGCGCAUCGAGUACGACCCUAGGGAGACGAGCUUCAAAGAGCUGCUCAAGCUCUUUUGGCCGAACCACGAUCCGACCCGCGAAUACGUCAGCAGGGAGUACAUGUCCAUCAUCUUCUGCCAUAACGACGCCCAGGAGACCGAGGCGAAACGGUCGCUGGAGGAGAACCGGAAGAACUUCCGCGCACCCAUAGUCACCAAGAUCCUCAAGCUGGAACAGUACCACCUGGCUGAGCAGCACCACCAGAAGUACAGACUCCAGCGGCAAACUGCGCUGUACAAGAGCCUCCUCCAGUCCGGCAUGAAGGACGUGACUCGGAGCCACGUGGCGACGCGACUCAACGGCUACGUGGCCGGCUUUGGCACCAUGGCCGCAUUCGAUGCUGAAUGCAACCAGCUGGGCCUCUCCUCUGAUCAGAUCAACGCCGUUCGCGCCCUCAUCCGAAAAGGCAGAUCUCGCUGAGAGUCCUGCGCGGCACACAACAAUGCCGCCUCCAUUGCUGCUCUCACUACACAUGAGCAGUGCCCGCAAAAGGAGCCCGGCUGCACAAUGGAUGGUUUUACUCCUGAUAGCUAAAAAGUUUACAUAUGCUUAAGGAUUCUCAAUUAAAUUACCACCAAUCAGACAAGGACACAUUUUGUUUAUUAUUAAUUGCGUUCUGUCUCUGGCUGUA